AUGUGCGACGAUUGUGUGGCCUCUUUAGUAAUAGACAACGGGUCGGGUAUGAUUAAGGCCGGAUUCGCCGGCGAUGACGCACCCCGUACUGUAUUCCCGUCACUCGUGUGCCGACCCCGUCAUAGAAGAUCAUAUCUAGACAAUACUUAUCAAGAAAUGUACCUUGGCGACGCUGCAGCGUCAAAACGGGGUGAUAUGGCAUUCACAUACCCGAUCGAGAACGGAAUUGUCACCAAUUGGGACGAUAUGAUCAAUAUAUGGCACCACACCUUCUACAACGAGCUCCGGGUCAACCCAUAUGAGCACCCAAUUCUCCUCACGGAACCGCCCCUUAACUCCAAACCCAACCGAGCGUAUAUGACCCAGAUCAUGUUUGAAUCAUUCAACACGCCAGCAAUAUACGUGGCAAUGGGUGCGGUGUUGGCGCUGUACGAGUCCGGACGCACCACCGGAAUUGUGCUGGACAGCGGUCACGGUGCUACACACGCCGUGCCCGUCUACAAUGGCUACUCGUUGCCACACGCUAUCACAGGAUUAGAUGUGGCCGGACGUGGCCUCACAGAGUAUCUGAAGAGGCUGAUGUACGGCAGCGGCUUCACAUUUACCACGCUAAUACAGCCGGAGGCCAGGUCGAGUGUGCGCGACAUCAAAGAGAAACUGUGCUACGUCGCUUUGGACUACGAACAGGAGAUGGCCACCGCUGCCCACUCCUCAUCGUUGGACAAGUCGUACGAACUGCCCGACGGACACGUCGUAACCAUUAACGACGAACGGUUUAGUUGCCCGGAGGCGCUGUUCCAGCCGCCGCUCGUGGGUUCGCUGGAUCGCGGUAUUCACGAGACCAUAAAUAGCUCGAUCACGCGAUGCGAUGGGCAGAUGCGUAAUAAUUUGUACGCCAACAUAGUGUUGUCCGGCGGCUCUACCAUGUUUCCAGGCUUCGCUGACCGCCUGCAUAAGGAGAUGACAGCGCUGACCCUGUCCAGCGUUAGGGUGAAUAUAAUUGCUCCGCCCGAACGCAAGUACAGCGUAUGGAUCGGUGGCUCGAUUCUGGCCUCGCUGUACACUUUUCAACAGAUGUGGAUUUCUAAGCAGGAGUACGACGAGUCCGGCCCGUCGAUUGUCCACCGGAAAUGUUUCUAA